AUGCAAGAUGCAGGAAAGUCAUGGAAAAUCAUGGAGGUUCUACGGGGUCGAAUUUGCAGUGCGUCUACCUCUGCAUUAGACCAUACCUGCCACACAUCAGCACAUCUAAGGAAGCAAGACGUCUUGGCGGAAGAGAGACGAGGGUAUGCCGCAGACCAGCAGCUCGAGCGCUGCCCACAAGAGUGUCACGCUCGUGGCCACAUGCCCUUGUGGCCACAAGGGCUACGCCGGCCAGAUGGGGUGACGCUUCGGGACGCCUUGGAGGCCUUUUUCACCAGAUGUUUGGAUGACCAUGUCGCGUCUUCGAGUUCGAAGACAAGGGGUGGUACGAUGACAUUGACGAAGUGGUGUAUGCCGACGCUUCGCAGGUGUUUCGCCGAAACCUCAUCUGGUUCAACGUUUCGCAAAAGACUUGUGAGUAGUUCUGCAGCCACUGAGGAAGAGACUCGCCACUUAAAGCUCCACUCCUCUAAUUGGCCUUUUGCGAUUUGCCUCGUUCACAGAUAG